AAAUCACUACCAAUCCAGUCUUAGAUCUACAGCUAAAGCGAAGAUGAAGACUAUCGCUUGCCUUGCUGCUCUUGCCUUUGUGUUGGCAUUUUCUGUCAACGUAAGUGGCCAUGCUAUCGACAUUGAUAGGGUGAAAUCAUAUUAUCACGAUGAUGUGCUGGAAAUUGACAUUAAAAUUAAAUCUGAAGCAUUAGAAGAACCUGAGCACCCAGAGGACCCCAGAGCUCCAGAAGAUCCAGAAGACCCUAGGGCUCCUGAAGACCCAGAAGACCCAAGGGCUCCUGAAGAUCCAGAAGAUCCCAGAGCUCCAGAAGACCCUGAAGACCCCAGGGCUCCUGAAGAUCCAGAAGAUCCCAGAGCUCCCGAAGAUCCAGAAGACCCAAGAGCUCCUGAAGACCCAGAAGAUCCUAGAGCUCCUGAAGAUCCAGAAGACCCCAGGGCUCCAGAAGAUCCUGAAGACCCCAGGGCUCCAGAAGAUCCCGAGGACCCUAGAGCUCCAGAAGACCCUGAAGACCCCAGAGCUCCAGAGGAUCCCGAAGACCCACGACCAGCAGCUGAAGACCCAGAAGACCCCAGAGCCCCCGAAGAUCCAGAAGACCCAGAGGACCCAAGGGCUCCAGAAGAUCCUGAAGACCCCAGAGCUCCUGAAGAUCCAGAAGACCCAAGGGCUCCCGAAGAUCCAGAAGACCCCAGGGCUCCAGAAGAUCCUGAAGACCCCAGAGCUCCCGAAGAUCCAGAAGAUCCCAGGGCCCCCGAAGAUCCUGAAGAUCCCAGGGCCCCCGAAGAUCCUGAAGAUCCCAGAGCACCAGAAGACCCUGAAGACCCCAGAGCUCCUGAAGAUCCUGAAGACCCAAGAGCUCCAGAACCAGAUAGACCAUUCAGCUUGUUCUAAAAGUUGUUAGCCAAAUACAUGCUAAAAUUUAUGUAAAUAUAACAUCCAAUGAUGCUGUAAAAUAAAAACAUAAAUACACAUCUAA